CUGAAAAUUCAACAAACGAAAAAUUUUCAGAUCAAGUUUCUCACCAAGAUUUGGCAUCCCAAUAUAAGUUCCCAAACUGGGACUAUCUGUCUUGAUAUCCUCAAGGAUCAAUGGGCUGCAUCGCUAACUUUACGCACUGUACUUCUGAGUAUUCAAGCAUUGAUGUGUUCACCAGAGCCCAAAGAUCCUCAAGACGCUGUAGUUGCUAAGCAGUAUAUGUCCAAUCCUGCCCUAUUCAAGGAAACAGCAGUUUUCUGGACCAUCAAAUAUGCCAAAGGUAAAGCUGAAGAGAAUCGUCAAUAUCGAGAACGUGUAGAAAAGCUCCGCGAUAUGGGUGUCACGGAA